GAAGGAACGUAGGCUCUUAUAAAAUUGCAGAUUGGUUUUAGCCCUUUAAAAUUGUCAUCUCAUCUGCAAACUCUCAUUUUCCAACUCUACCACAGAGGUGGGAAACUCAGCCACUCACUGCCUACUUACUUUGUGUACUUCUCCCACUUCCCACAAAGAAGUGAAAGAUGGACUAUGUCUAUGGACCUGGAAGGAACCAUCUGUUUGUUCCUGGGCCGGUCAAUAUCCCGGAGCAGGUUAUUCGUGCAAUGAACAGGAACAAUGAGGAUUAUCGCUCUCCUGCCAUCCCAGCUAUGACAAGAACCCUACUUGAGGAUGUCAAGAAGAUUUUCAAGACUACUAGUGGAACCCCAUUUCUGAUUCCAACCACAGGUACUGGUGCAUGGGAAAGUGCGCUCACAAACACACUUUCUCCGGGGGAUAGGAUUGUGUCUUUCCUAAUUGGGCAAUUCAGUUUGCUGUGGAUUGAUCAACAGCAACGUCUGAACUUCAAUGUGGAUGUCGUUGAAAGUGAUUGGGGUCAAGGUGCCAAUCUUGAAGUUUUGGCAUCAAAGCUGGCAGCAGAUUCUGCGCAUACUAUCAAGGCCAUUUGUAUCGUGCACAAUGAGACAGCUACUGGAGUUACCAACAACUUAGCUGCUGUAAGAAAAAUUCUUGAUCACUAUCAGCAUCCGGCGCUCUUUCUUGUUGAUGGAGUUUCCUCCAUAUGUGCACUUGAUUUUCGAAUGGAUGAAUGGGGAAUAGAUGUGGCUUUAACGGGCUCUCAGAAAGCUCUUUCUCUGCCCACUGGAAUGGGGAUUGUCUGUGCAAGCCCCAAAGCUCUUGAGGCCUCCAAAACUGCAAAAUCUCUCAGAGUUUUCUUCGACUGGAAAGACUACUUGAAGUUCUAUAAGAUGGGAACAUUUUGGCCAUACACUCCUUCCAUCCAAUUGUUAUAUGGACUUAGAACGGCACUCGAUCUCAUUUUUGAGGAAGGACUUGACAAUGUGAUUGCUAGGCACGGCCGCCUCGCUAAGGCAACAAGGAUUGCUGUGGAGGCAUGGGGCUUGAAGAACUGCACUCAAAAAGAGGAAUGGUACAGUGACACAGUCACUGCAGUGGUUGUUCCUCCAUACAUUGAUAGUUCAGAAAUUGUUAAAAGGGGAUGGCAAAGAUACAACUUAAGCUUAGGCCUCGGCCUAAAUAAAGUGGCCGGAAAGGUUUUCAGAAUAGGGCAUCUUGGCAAUCUAAAUGAGUUGCAAUUGCUGGGGUGUCUUGCGGGAGUGGAAAUGGUACUUAAGGAUGUGGGAUACCCAGUGAAGCUUGGCAGCGGAGUUGGAGCAGCCUGUGCUUUCCUUCAAAACACCACCCCCUUGAUUGCUUCGAGGAUUUGAUUCACAGGUCGUCCGUGCAAUGUUACUACUUUUUUUUUACUUCAGGGCACUCUGUAAAAAGUACAUGUAUCUCAUUUUCCCUGCUGGCACUCUUUGAGGCUUACUGAACCCUUUAUAUAUCGUUGCUACCUGCUUUUUCCUGUAUUUUAAUCUCAUAUCCAAUUAUUUAUUGCUGUUUUUCUUA